AGUGAACACUCUUAUGUAACUUCUUCUUUGGACAGCCAUUUUGGAGGUUAAUUAACCCAACGGGCAGGUACAUUUUCUUUCAGGAUUUCGCAUGCUGGUCAUGGCUUUGAUACACACUGCAGGACCAGAAGAAGAAGUAGAAGAAAGGGGAGGAGGAAGACGUCGAAAACACGGAGCAUCAGCUGCUGCUGUCAAUCAGCUGCUCUGGGAGGAAGGUGACUUAAGUUGGACGCCCACCGACGCUCAAAGCGAUGCCCGCUCCUUCCUCACUGAGGAGAUGAUCGCAGAGUUCAAAGCUGCCUUCGACAUGUUCGACACGGACGGCGGCGGUGACAUCAGCACCAAGGAGCUGGGCACUGUGAUGAGGAUGCUGGGUCAGAACCCGUCCAGAGAGGAGCUGGAUGCCAUUAUUGAGGAAGUGGAUGAGGAUGGUAGCGGUACCAUUGACUUUGAGGAGUUCUUGGUCAUGAUGGUCCAACAGCUCAAGGAGGACCAGGCCGGAAAGAGCGAAGAGGAACUGUCUGAAUGCUUCCGUAUUUUCGACAAGAACGGCGACGGCUUCGUGGACCGCGAGGAGUUUGGGGACAUUCUGAAAAUGACCGGAGAGCCCGUCACAGAGGAGGACAUCGACGAGAUGUUUGGCGAAUCCGACUCAAACAAGGAUGGAAAAAUUGAUUUUGACGAGUUUCUGAAGAUGAUGGAGAAUGUCCAGUAGAAGACAACAUUCAGACACAGCCCAGUGAACAAUUAGCAUCUUUUAGGAGGAUUUUUUUUUUUUUUUUUUGAAACCCCGUCCCUCGCGCUGGUUGGCGAGCUUGUCUAUAAAUAUCCUACUCGAACCUUUUAAGACGAAGACACUUUCCCCCCCACCCGUCUCUCAGCUGUCCCUUCCACGGCAGCUGCUCCUCCUGACAUGCAACACCAGCCAGCGCUUUUAAAGACAAGCGCCAUGCUGUCCUCUGAAAUAAACCACCUUUAACUCA